AUGAAUUAUAAAGAUUGCUGUCGAACAUGCCUUGGUGGCCAUAAAGAGAUGCGCCACAUGCACACGAAGAUUUCAAUAGCAGGCGAUAGCGUUCGUUUGUCAGAUAUUUUAUUUAAUUUUUAUAAUUAUAAGAUAACUGAAGAUCCUUUAUUACCAGUGAAUAUUUGUAUUACCUGUGUACACCAGCUUACUAUAACUUAUUCCUUCAAAAUUCUCAUAGAGUCAAGUGCAAAAACUUUAAAAGAAAGUAAUUUAUUAGAUUGUUCCACAAGUGAAAAUUUUGAUUGCAGUUUAGAAUCAGAUGAUCAGAAAGUUAUUAAGGAUAUACAGAGGCGUCAGCGGCAUAUAAAAAGAAAAGCAACCAAUAAAAUACAAAAUAGUACAAAGUAUGACAACCAAAGUAAAGAGUUAUAUUGUGUUGAAUGUAAAGCAAUGUUUAAUUCUGUGAAAGGUUUAAAUGAACAUUGCAUGAACAGUCAUCCAGUUAAAAACGUUAUAGGAAGAGACUGUGAAUUUUGCAAUGAGAAAUUUGAGGAUUUUCGCUCAUUAGUACUUCAUAGAAAAUUACACUUAAAACCAUUCCUAUGUGAAAAUUGUUGGGAAGGUUUCUACAGUACAAAUGAACUGCAUUCCCAUUCUUGUCAACCAAAUUUAGAUAUCAAAGAUAAAAACAAAUCAGAAAGGGUGUUACGACAAUGUGAUCAAUGUGGAAAAUCAUAUCCGCCAGGCUACAUUCGGAUUCAUAUGUUGACACAUAGCAAUGAUCGCCCUUACAGUUGUAAAUUUUGCCCAAAAAAGUUUAAAGUGCCUGGUGGCCUACAUUCACAUGUGCUCUGGAAUCAUAAGAGAACUAGGAACCAUAAAUGUGAGGUUUGCAAUGCAACUUUCAUUUCAUCAAGUUCACGUAGCUCACACAUACGUAAGAAUCACCUGAAAGAGAAGAAAUAUGGUUGUGAAAGUUGUGGUAAAAGGUUUUUCUCAAAGUCAGAAUUGCAAAGACAUUCUUUAACACACACCGGUGUCAAAAAUUUCCAUUGUCAUUUGUGUGACAAGUCAUAUCAAACACGAUAUGGAUUAAAUGUCCAUUUAAAGUCUCAUUCUGAAAUAUGUAUGAAUGUAAUGAAUUUGUAA